AUGGACCGGCGGCUUGGGUUUGUCGGACAAGGUCGAGGCCAGGUGGUCGGGCAGGUCGGGCAACAGGCCGCAGGGCGGGUCGGAGCUGGGCGCCGACGCUGGGUCCGAGCGGGCGUCGGGCGGUAUGUCCACCACUUCCACCGUGGCCGAAACGGUCUUGGCGGCUGUUUUCGGGCGCUGCGACAGAUGGGGCAGCUCCGACAGCAGCGCGUUGGGUUUUUCCGGGAGCGGUGUCUUGGCCUCGAACGGCGUGUGGAGCGCCUCGUGGAACGCCGUGUACGAGUUGUUAUCUCGCAACUCAAAGUCGAGCGCCGUCUGGGCGUCCUCGCGCUGGUCGUGGCGCCGGCGGCGCAAAAAGAGAACGGUGCCGCCGACGAGAACAACGAAGCAGGGGAUUCCCACGGCCAAGCCGACGGCCAAGCCCUGGUCGUAGCCCAUGAUUAUGAGAAUAGGAGAGGUAGCGAACAAAAACGACUGAAAGACGACCGAUGA